GGAGAGAAAUGGAGGGUUUAGAAGGGACGGGUGGGAUGCGCUUGAAGAGGGGUUGAAUCGGCGCGGAGCGUGUUUCGGACAAUACAGAUUAUUCCGUGCACGAAGAUUACUGGAUGCACUGUGAGUGCCAGACAAGCAACACGUAUAGGAUAUAUUACGGAAAAGGGAUCGCAUAAUUUAGGGGAUGAUUGUGUGGAGGUGAAAGUGUUUAGAAAAAGAAGAGGAUAGGAAAUAUCAAUUGCAUCCAUUCGUUUGAUCUCAGAAGGAGAGUUCGUGUCAUUGAAUUUUUUAAGUGUUACUAAAAUCAAGGAAGCUAAACGGUGUGGUGGCUUUAAAGAAUUCGAGAGAGUUGAUUAAUUAAUCCGAAGACAGCUGUCAUCCUUUGAAGGUGAAGCUGCCAUAACCAUGUGAUUUAUCGUCUUACGUGCCCGAACGAUCUCUCACUCUACUUCUAUCAUCGUUUCACGUGCGAUCGCAGACACAUCCCUCAGUGUUCAACCCCUUUCUCGUUAUAGAAGGAAGCAGUUGAUUUAAGAUCAUCCUGAGAUUGCUCCUUCCGAAGAAAUAACGAUCGAGAAGAGGGACCCUGACACGUUUCUGCUUAUCCUCUCUGACACUGGCAAAGGGAAGAAUGAUGCCUUAAGAGUUCGAGCAAGAAAAAAGAAGGAAGGAAGGAAGGGAAGGAUAGGAAUAUAAGAAGAACCAUCAACGUUGGCAUCAACAACGAAAAAAAGAAAAAGAAGAAGAAGAAGAAGAAGGGAAACAUUGUCAGCAAACAAGAGAGCAACCAGUUGCCGAUAAGGAAAGAAACCACAAGGAAGAGUCGAGUAAAAGAUAAACUACGACGACUACGACGACUACGACUACGACGACGACGACUACAACGACGACGACGACGACGACGACGACGACGACGACGACGACGACGAAGAAGAAGAGAAAGAAGAGGAAGAAGAGGGGCGAGGAGAAAAAAGAAGGGAGUCGUAUCGUUGGGUGAACAAUUUACUGGGUGUGCGGGGGGUCUCGGUUAUGCCACUGGCGUCGCUUCAGGUGGACGCCGGCAAAUGCUGUCAUGCUUCUGCCAUGCCAACCGGCGGCCAAAGAAAGGCCGCUGGUCACGCUGAGUACAAUCGGACGAAAUACCAAGGAGAAAUUUGCCAAUCGUCUUGCCGAACGUAUAAUUCUUAUUAUAUUCUUAAUUCUGAUUUUCUCAGCGGGCAACGAGAGGAUCCGUGCGAAAGCUGCCACACGUUACGCAUCGCGUAUCAUCGAGACGAAAAGUGGACAAAUACGUGGUAUACUUCAGGAAUUUAACAGCAAACAUUUGGAUCCAGUCGAGGUGUUUCGUGGGAUUCCAUACGCCGCACCACCAAUCGGAGGUCUAAGAUUUCGUGCGCCAAUUUCACCGAUACCUUGGAACGGUGUGAAAUUGGCAGAAACUUAUGGUGCCGUUUGUCCCCAGAAUCAUCCAGACAUCGGCAACGAAACCGCUGCACUAUUGCAAAUGCCCCUUGGCAGAUAUCAGCAAUUGAAGCGUUUACUUGCAUUUUUAACCAAUCAGAGCGAGGACUGUCUCUUUUUGAAUUUGUAUAUACCCGGGAGCGGAUCGCUCGGUUUGGAAGCACCCUAUGCAGUUAUGGUGUACGUACACGGUGAAAGUUUCGAAUGGGGUUCGGGCAAUAUAUAUGAUGGAUCUGUACUGGCCAGUGCCGGUCAUGUCAUAGUCAUUACGCUUAACUAUCGUUUAGGAAUAUUAGGAUUUCUUAGAACUCGUCCUUAUCCAGACAGAACGGCAGGAUCAGGUGGGAAUUUGGCAUUAAAGGACAUAGCAAUGGCUUUACGUUGGGUACGUGAAAACAUCGGUGCCUUUGGUGGUGACCCAACAAGAAUCACUUUAAUGGGCCAUGACACUGGUGCUGCCCUCGUCAAUCUUUUACUUCUUGCUCCUUAUGGUAAAGGUCUCUUUCAUCGCGUUGUAUUGUCGAGUGGUUCUGCUUUGAGCCCAUGGGCUUCCGUACAUGAUCCAAACGAUCUAAGGAUCAAAGUUGCUGAACAAAUAGGUUGUCCUGCUGAGAACGACGAAGAUAUUGCUGAUUGUCUUCGAGGAGUAUCGUUGCAAUCUUUGAUGGAAGUCGAGCUUCCUGAAAUCAGAUUCGUGCCCCGGAUAGGACCGGGCUUGCCCGUGGACCAAAACAAUCCUGAUCCAGGUCUCGAUAUGGAACGAGCCAGUGAUGCCUUCAUAAAGGUACCCUUGAUCCUAGGAGUAUCAAGUACAGAAUCCAAUCUCGAUUUCAACGCGAAUGAUAUUCAGUAUGGCUUCGAGGAGGAUCAUAGAAAUCGGAUCUUACGUACCUUCAUUCGUAAUGCUUACGUUUAUCAUCUGAACGAAAUCUUUUCGGCAGUAAGAAACGAAUAUACAGAUUGGGACAAGCCAGUUCUACAUCCUAUUAUAAUACGUGACUCGACGAUGGAAGCACUUAGCGAUGGUCACACAGUGGCA